AUGCCUCCCAAGAGGAAGCGGGGGCGGCCGUCGCUUUUGAGGCAGGUUCUGGAUGCGGACGCGGGCCCGAGCUCAGAUGACGAGGCCGCCGUCGAUGAUGCGCCUGCUGUUGUCGUUCCAGCUCGCCGCCGCAAGCCCCCCAAGGCGCCGCCUCCAAAACUUCCCGUGGUCCCGCAUGCGAUCGUGGUGUGUCCGAGGGAGCCGCUCUUGCCCGUUCCAACUUGCGAUAUGGGGGCGCUCGUGCACUCUACCGUCAGGCAGUUCCCUUUCUUGUCACCUGGGACCCCGCUUGCGAACGCGGCCUUGCUCAGGGUUGCUCGUGACUUCUUGGCACAUGGGGACAGGAGUGCGGUCGGCAGGUCUUUCCAGGACGAUGGCGACCGCUACGGGAAAGAUGGCAAGUGGGGCUUCCUCGGCCGCCCAGCUGGAUCAGCUGACGUGGAGCUGGUGGCCAUCGUUGAGGGCGUGCGGUACGACGAGGCGACUAACUUGCUCACGGUGAGGCAGGACAGCGGCGUCCCAGAGUUUCAGGACCACGUCAACCGAGCCUUGGAUAGAAUCGCAAAGCUUGCAGUUUUCAAGGAGGCCGUCCCAGCCAAACUGUUCCAGACGGAGCAUUCGUAUGGAGUCCUUUUCGCAGUUCGUCAGCCAGGGUCAGGUCAUAAGAAGUUCAUCUGCGUUCGGAGCCAUUGCGUUGGCGUGCCAAAUGUGUUGCAACGCACAACUGCAGAGAUCAUCGCGCAGGCCCUGAAGCUGUCCAGUUUCGUUCGGUGCAUGCCGUUCAAUGUGGCGAAGUGCGGUGUUCGGCUGAUUUGCAGCGACCGCUACGCAGCCCAGUUUGUAGCCGAGCGCUUGAUUCAAGCUGAGCGGCCUGGCUGGACUCGCUUACACCUCGGAUGCGAAGUUCACAAGUCGACGAGCUCCCAGGCGAAGGGUUUGUUGUUGGCGGAUUGGUGCGUAUCAGGCUGCAUCCGAACGGCUUUAAGUCUACGGCUGGGCGGGUGGAUGAGGUUAUUCAGACAGUGUCUACUCAACGAGGUGACGUCCACCAUCGACAUCAAGCGAGGCCAGUGUCCGCCCGAGGCGGCCAGGCAUCGCCAGAUGUGCCUGCGCUUAUUCGCUGGGAACGAGGCCAAGCGCCAGAGGAGGUUUCAGUGCAUCCUGCAGUGCCUGCCCAACGGCGACUGGACUCGCACAGACUGCGUCGAGGUGUAUCUGCGGGAGGGCGUUGACUACAACGAAGAACAAGUUGCAGGCCUCGUCGCGAAAGGUCUCAUGUUGUGCCUCGCUCAGAACACUUUUAUGAUCUUCAACCGAAAACGCUGGACCAACAACGACAAGGCCGUGAAUCAGCUCGGCCUUUUGCAAUGUUGCCACGGGCUCUUGGUUAGAGUAUACAAGCGGUGGCUGCGGCAAGCUGGCUACAACGGCAGCCUGGAGAUCGGCCAUCGCGACCACCCGAGCCGAUCCUCGCAGGCGGCAGGCGCUCUGGCCAUCGCCGACGACUUUGACCCCGCAGCUGGUCUUGCCGCGCCCGCCGAAGCUGGACCUGAAGGGGGCGAUGGUGAUAUCCCAGGAGGCGAUGGCGCGGCGCCGCCCGCAGCAUCUCCAAAGGACGCCGACCCAUUUGCCGUUGUCAACGCUAAGAACCGCAGGAUGGCUUUGCGCUGGAUGAAUGGCGAGCCCACCAGCGACCUUAUCAUUAUCAGGCUGGUAAUGGAACCUACUAUGAUGAUAUCGCGGCGGCAGCUGUAUAUCGCUUCAGACGCUUGGGAGAGGGAGCAGAAUAUAGUUGCUGCCAGUGGCGGGGCAGCGCACGGCAAGCGAGAUUUCCGCAUCCUCAUACCAGCCAGGGGCGAGCUAGAUGCGCACUUCGCCGAUUGCCACCAUCAACUGAUGACAACCGAGGGGUUCUUCUGGACGGCGAUGCCCGAUCACUGCAUCACUGAGUACUGGAGGUGUCCGGGGUUCAGGUUGGCGAGCAAGGCUGCUGCGGAGUACCACAGGACAUUGACCUCCGUGCACAGGAGGCCUCCUUUCUUGUUGUUCCUCAUUGUGAACUACCCCGCGGUCGCGGGACAGGUGAAGAGGCUGCCCGAAUGUUUGCUGGACCCUUUCACGAAGCAGGUUCUGGGCAAGUUCGACUUGGGUUCGCAAGAACUUAAAGCGUUCUUGACGCUUCUCAUGAUGAUGGGCUACACGGACACCGCGGAGAUCGAGUGUUGGCAUUCAUGGGUGAGGCGAUUUCUCGUUCGCAGGGGUUCUCAAACUAACAGGCCAGAUGUGCAGGAUUUGAAUGCCCAGGCCUUCGCCCACAGGCUAAAGACUAGGAGCUCUGAGCUGCUCGAGUGGCUGGACGCCGAAGCAGCGGACCAUUACUACGAGGAUUUCAACCAGGGCCCAGACGACCCCGACGAAGACCCGUCCAGCAACGCUACCAAGAAGCAGCGGCGGGGUGGCGGUGGCGAAUGGAGGGCGUACGUCAGCAGCCAGCUUCGCAAGGGCGUCACUGACUUCCACACGAUGGCGCUCAACUACCGAGAACGGACCGAUGAAGAGCGGCAGCAAAACAUUAUGGACGGGCGUGCCGCAACAGUCUUGCACAGAGCAGGUCAGCCCGCAUUCGGGCCAUCGCAGAAGGAGAAGCGCAUCCAGGCGCUUCGCCAUGAGGCCAUCGCGUUCAACCGACGACACCCUCUAACAGAUCUCACUGCCUUGUCUUCGGCCCCUGCGCCUGCCGCCGUGGUGCUGCAGAGCCAUACGGACGAGCGGGUUGACCACAUGAUGGCGUUGGUGGCCGCCGUCAACAGGGUGGAUCGCCAGCGGCGCGAGUUUCGCGAGGAGCAAGGCGCCAUGGUGAUCCGUGAGUUCGUCAGGACUAAAUCAGCCGAGCUGCGCCGAGAGGUGGUCUCGCACAUUCAGUCGCUGGGCCCUUGGGCUGGGCGCCUCGUGGCAAAGCCAGUCUUGGAUGCGUCUGGGUUGGAGCUCAGCUGUUGCGACUACUUCUGCGAGGCUGGCCGCAAAGUUCAGAGGUUCCGCAACUCCGUGCUGGCGUCGAUCAAGGAGCUCGCGCCGAGGCGCAGCAGAUGGAGAGACAUGCUGGUCAAUGGGUUCAUCGUGAUGCGCCUCAAGGGCACGCCCGUCAACUCGGCCCUCGCGGGGCUUGCUGAUGACGACCCAGACAUUGCAGACUUGGCGAGUUGCGAGUACCUGGUUGAAUUCGAGGCUUUCGCCCACUUGGACAUCGACAAUUACACUUGGAAGCUGAUGUUCUAUAAAUUAUCUGAGGCCUCUGUUCAUCUGCCACGCUGGGACUUCGUGCUUAAGUGUCAGCGCGCCAUCCCAGUUGAGUCGGAGAUGCAGGAAGAGAUCAUACACGCGGAGCUCGUCGGUGCCGACCCAGACACGCCCGAGGGCGGAGGCGGCAGCGAUGCGCCAGGUCUCCCAGGUGAAGGCGGCGGGGAUGACGGCGGGUCCAGUGACGGCGGGGAGGAGGGCUGCGGCGGCGGGUUGCUCGGAGAGGGCCCAGGCGGCGACGACGCCCCCAUUGGGGCUGAAGGCGUCGGCGGCAUCCCCGACGCCGCUGGGGGGGCGGCGGCAGCGGGGGCGGCAGGCGGCCCUGGAGCAGAGCACCCUCCCCCGCCGCCCCCCGCCGCUCCAACCUCACGGGACAAGUCGGACGCCGUGGCAUACCUGGACGGUGGGAAGAUCUCGCUUUAUUUGAAGCAUCGCAGGGUCGAGGCUACUUGCACGAAUCCUUUCCAUGGCAAGUGCGUUAAGACCCGCACCAUGGUGUAUAGUUACAGGGCGAAGGUACCCCCUCUCGCUUACUGCGCAGCGUGGCUCAAGAAGGGCCACGUGGCAACGAGGGCGCUCCAUUGGGCGCCAGAGCACGAGCCCACUGCUGCUGAGCUGGCAGGUGCGCGGCAUGAGUUGAACGCAAGCGGCGAUCCAGAAGUAGCGACACUUCUUCGCGCGGGGCGCGAGGGCUAUCCCGAUGCUGGGCUGUAG